UUAUUCUAUUGUAUUCGAUGAUGAAGCCCCAACGAAGCAUCAUGUGCUGUGUUCUUCCUAAAUUAAUUAAAACAAUUCUUCCAUCCAAAAUCAACAUAUAUUCAAUUAAUUAAUAAUCCCAAUUUUUCACCAAAUCACUCAACUGUAUCCAAGAUCAUGUUCUUAAACUGAUCCUGCAACUAAUUCUUACAGAUCGAAAUUGACCAUGGCGAGGCCAUGGAAUGAGCAAUACCUCGAUCUCAUCCUCGUACCUUCUGGGCUGAUCCUCAUGUUUGGAUAUCAUCUAAUUCUUGUCUACAGAUACUUGAAAUGUCCUGAGAAUACAGUAAUUGGAUACGAGAAUCACAACAAGAGGGCUUGGACUAGACGAAUGUUUCAGCUUCUCCACCCUACAAGGGUUUUGAUGUACACUUGGGUCGAUGUUAAGGACCGGGGGCCGGCAGUGUCGGUGAUCAGCGGCAACAUAAGCGCGGCCACGGCCAUGUCUUCGAUAUCCCUAGUCUUAACCUCGUUGCUCGGGGCGUGGGCGGGGAGCUCGGACACGCGCAUUUUUAGUAGUAAUUAUAUAUACGGUAGCACGGCGGCGUCUGUGAUCUACAUCAAGUAUGUGUCGAUCCUCGCGUGCUUUUUGGUGGCUUUUGCGUGUUUUGUUCAAACGGCGAGGCGGUUCGUGCACGCGAUUUUUCUGAUCAGCAUGCCGGACAACGACAUUCCGGUGGGGUGCGUGGUGAAGGAGAUUAUUAGCGGGAGCAAUUUUUGGAACGCCGGCCUGCGGUCGCUCUACUUGGCGGUGUGUAUGGUGCUGUGGAUAUUUGGGCCGAUACCGAUGUUUGUUUGCUCGGCAGCCUUGGUCGGGAUGCUCGUAAAUGUCGAUAGAAAUACGACUAAGUUGCAUAACUAUAAGUGGUGAACUAAACGAAUGGUUGCUUUAAGGUGAACAUGAUUGUAUCGAUCGUUUCUUGUAUAAUUUACUUGUAAUAUAUUUUGCGUUGAAUU